CUAAGUAUGAGGAAUGCAGUGGACAUCAAUGUAGACAAUAUGUAAUAAGGCUUGAAGAGCCAUUUGUAUAUUUGAGGUAAGUGGUAAAAGAAAGCAAUAACCGGUGAUCAACCCCAUGUUCGCGCAGCAUGCAACAUGGAGAAGAGAAAGAAAGGAGUUUGAGGAAAAUGACAGUUGAUGCAGCAAAAUCUCCAAAGACCAAAGACUGCUCAAAGUGAAUGUACGUAACAUAGAUUACCUAUCUGCGCGUGCGUACAAUGAUACAGUAACUUUUUGUACAUGUUGGCGUUCCGUAGAUGGGCGUUUUUUGUAGGUUUCUAGCGCUUUGGCGGGUACCGUAAAAAAAAAAAAAAAAAAAAAGUUGAACAUGGAAGAAACUGGUGAAACAGCUCAGGAGGAAAUUCGUCACAAAGGUGCUAAAAGUUCAGGAGAUAAUGUGGAGGAUCAGUCUAAUAAUGCAACAGGAGAUGUUUCGUCUCUGUCGUCGGGUCAUGGAAAUGAUUCUCGCCGGUCAGACGGAGCCGAGCCCCGGAGGAACAGGCUAUUGCUGUUCAACAAAGUAAUGGAGAAGAGCCUACAGAAGUUUAUAUCCGAUGCAAGUUUUCACAGAUUUGCCCAAUCGUUCCAUCCGUUCUACAAGAAGAACCCACAGGUGACAGAGAACAUCCACAAGCAGUUCAUAGAAGAUCUACAGAGGACUAUACAGGAUGACAUCAAUAAACUGAUCGAAGAGGGGGAGCUACAGUGCAAACUGGAUGAGCUGAACAAACUGGAAGAAGCUGCUAAGAACAGCCAAGACCCUGCAUGGCGUCCCAGUGGAGUGCCUGAGCAGGACCUGUGUAGUUUUGUGACACCAUACUACCUGAAGCAGAAGGCUUACCUGGGGAGGGAGCUGAAGAAGAUUCUGCAGGAGAAUGCUGUGCUGGCUCAGAGGGUGCAGGCAGGCAGGGAGGGCAUCGCUCAGACCGAACAACGCAUCGCAACAGCUGUGGACGAGUGGAAGGCACCUGCACAGACAGCUUUUGCCGAGUUCCAAGCGCUCUCUUCCUCCCUCUGCCCUCCUGCGACCUUUGAUGUUUAACCCUGAGUAAUGAAUGACCUGUUCUAAAGCAGAAUGCAUUUGACCAAUUUGAAUCAUAACUCUAACCCUGACAUGUGUAAACUGUGCAUUUUUGUAAGGAGUAUACCAGUUAUUUUAUUCCAAUGCGCUUUUUGUUAUUAAAUAAACUCAAAAUAAAAAAACGCAACACAAA